AUGAGCGAGCAGUUUCAAACGUUACCGCAUGGACAUCAGCAGGUUGUGCGGUUUCAGUACUCGCCGGGAGAGGAUCAUGCAACCAUCGUUACGCUCGUCGUGUCUGUCUUCGAGCUGGUCGCAUCCUUUGGUCUUCUUGUUGCCAUACUUCUCUCCGCGUUCAACACCAGAUCAUCAGAUGACCCCAGGCUGUUCGUGCGCACGCACUCAGCUGUAUUCUUCGUUUCGCUAGUCGUUUGCGCGGUGUUGCAAGCAAUCGGUGGGAUCAUGUCAGCUGCAUGGGUGACGCAGAUGGCGGUCGUAGCAGGAUCUCUAUGUACGGCGCAGGCUGCCAUCAAGCACAUAUCAGACGUCGGAGUCGCUGUUUGGUCGUUCGUCAUCGCAGCCCACUCGUUCCUGCUUCUCUGGCGCGCCGGCGGUCACUCGAAGAAGACGCGAGAGCCAGUAUCAGUCCUUGGAUAUACGAUCUCGUACGGUCGAUUCUUGAAGUGGAGCAUCGUUGCUGCAACAUGGCUUUCCAUCUUCAUCAUCGUCACGCUCGGCCCAGAGAUCACUGCGAAGCACACAGAUGGGGACUUCUAUGGUGUCUCUGGUCAAUGGUGCUGGAUAACGGACAACUACCCUAUCGAGAGGAUCUUCUUGGCUUAUCUCAUAAUGUUCGCAUCGGCCUUCCUGUCGCUUGGGCUCUAUGGAGCGGCGUUCUACCAUACCCGCCGCAAACUUCACCACGACAAGCCGGCCCACGAGUACAUUCUUUCGAAGGAGGACCAGGCGGAUGAGUAUGCGGUCAAGCUAUCCAAAUAUAUGGUCUGGUACCCUCUGGCGUACUUCUGCUGCCUCCUGCCGGUUGCUAUCCAGCGCUUCGCCGUCUGGGGAGGCGCCGAGGUACACUUUGGCGCGGUGGUCUUCACUGACUCCGUAUACCAUCUACUCGGCAUAGCACACCUCGUCCUCUUCAUAUGCACCCCGCGACUUCUACCACCACUCACGGUAUUCCCCACGAUUGCCUUCUUCGGUACCGGCAUAUACGAGAACGAACGUAGCGAGUCCUACGCGCACCCCGAGCACACGAAGCAGAAGCACUUCGUCAAGUCCCGCCGUCCUCCACCUCUAGCGAUUGCACCCCUAAUCGUUCCAACCUCGACUGAGGCAACGGAGAAGGCGGCGUCGUCCUCAUUGUCGGAGGUGCCAUCCGAGUUGGUGCCGCAGGGACGCGUGCAUUACGGGUGCGGGUCGCACGUCGGUCCAUCUGGUAGACCAGGUCUACCGUGUCGCCCAGGAUCUGGAGCCUCGACUCAGAGUCGCAGCUUGUCCUUCAGCAACGUCAGUUCGGUAUUGAACCUCCAAUUUCCGCCGCCUGCGGCUUCACCGUCUCAUGCAUCGAUCCACUCCUUCGCCUCCACAUCUACGUCCAGCGCCGCCGAGUCUACGCCGAGAGUGCGGCAAUCGCCCCUCAGACGUCCAUCGCUUGACUCCUCGACUUCCCCGCAGGUGGUGAUCAACGACAACGACAAAGGGAGCCCGUUUGCGGACCCGCCUCAUCACAACAAACAUCAUCCACGGGUAGUACCGGCUGGUCUACCCGCUCACCCCGCUGCGGCGGUCCACUCCCGCGGCACAGACGCAUCCAAACUUGUACGAAUGGUGCUCGAGAAGUCGCACUGGUCAGCCUCGACCGGAACCGCGGCGAGUACAGCCACGGCAACUUUGUCUGCAUAUGUUUCGACCGGGGCUGGAACGGCGGGGACCUACCUUACCACAGCGAACUCUGGCGCAUCUGCGCUACCUGGGACUGCCAACGCCAGCGCAGUAUCGUUGAGCGGAUUCCAGAUGGUGACUCUCCCGGGUUCGCAUGUCGCAUCUGAGGCAAAUUGGCGCAUUGAAGAGAAGAACGAGAAAGCUGUAGAUGACGAGGAUGAGGAUAUGGAUGCAAGAAGUCCGCACUAA